ACUAUGUGUGUGUUUUGCUUCAUUAAGUACCGACAUGACUCCAACCUGUUGGGGUGGUGAUUCAUCUACUACUUCUACUUCGUAGAAAUCGAUGCUGCUACUUAUUCUUCUUCUACUUUUACUACUCACUCUCAGAACUCUCCUUUUUGCUUGAUGCUGGCGUUGAUGAGUGGAGAAAUCUGAGGCAGAUUAGUGGUUUUUAGGUACUUCGUGGAGCUAAGAGAAUCUUGAAAGCUAGAGGAAGUGGUUUACUUUAUCAACCUGGUGGUAUUAAGACAUCGUUUGCAGGCUAAAAAAUGGCGAUGCGGACUGCUUACCUGAAAGAACACGAAGGAAUUGUUCACAAUUCUGUUGGACAGUUGUCAUCUGGAACUUCAGCUCCAUGGUGGAAUGGCUUAGGAUCUCAACCAGUUUAUGGAGAUUAUUGUGGCCAAAACAAGCCCUUUUCGCUGGAGUUUUCGAACUACAUCGACCCUUUUUCUGGUGGUAAGCAAGCAGUACGAGGAGCGGAGCCAGUGAUCAAUAGAGGACAUGCAACCCAGUUUUCCAUCUUUCCAGAUGAAUGUAAAAUGUUAGGCCAUGCCCAAAAUCCUCAGCCAGCCUUAGGACUGCAGCCAUCACUUGCUGAGCCCACAAACAAUUUCGACAUAGGGUUUAAUCAGCCUAAGAUGUGUGCACCACAUCCCUGUGUGGAUCAAUUCUGUGGGCUCUCAGCUUAUGCACCUCAAAUUUCGGGACGUAUAAUGCUUCCGCGUAACAUGGCAUCUAAUAAUGGACCAACCUACGUGAAUGCUAAGCAGUACCAUGGAAUCAUCAGACGAAGGCAGUCACGUGCUAAGGCUGUUCUUGAGAAUAAAUACAUCAAACGUCGCAAGCCUUACAUGCACGAGUCACGCCAUCUACAUGCAAUGAGGCGACCAAGAGGAAAUGGUGGUCGCUUCUUGAACACAAGAAAGAACAAUAAUGGAAAUGGUGGAAAUGAUUCUGAUGUGAAUAAAAUGGGUGGCCUACAAUUUCUGUCCAGUACCUCUCAGAGUUCUGAAAUGCUGCAAUCUGAUGUUGGAAUGAAUUCACCAAUGGAGACAGAUGAAUGCAGUGUAAACAUGUCUAGCUCAGAAGUGAAUAGCAUGUAUUCGAGGGAAGGUUUCGAUGGCUUUCCUGUGUAUCCUCUUGGAUCUCCUGCCGAUUCGUUAACUAACAUGGUAGGUAGUGAAAGUGGUGUUAGCAUGCCCACUAGAUGGGCUUGAUGUGUUUGAUUUUCUAGUAGAACUAGUGGGUUUGGUGUGAUGUUGCACCGAACACGCCCCUUGAAAAAGACCAGAUGAAGAAAUUCUCUUGCACUUUUCUAGUGUUUAUUGUGACAAAUUUAGUUCUGGAAAACUUGAUUCUAUCUCAUUUAGGCAAACCAUUCUUGGCUAAGCUUAGGCAACUCAUCCAUGGCUCACCAGAUUCUGCAAGGGCCUUCCAUGACAUGGAUGUAUUAUACAUGGUAAUGGCCAUGCAGUCUACGUGAUGUCUGUGCUAAAUAACUAUAAUUCUGAGUGAAUGCGAGCUUUUAGUUUGGUUCUGAAUUUC